AUGUCUCAACUGCCGCCUGCGUUCCCAAUCAGUGUCCAGCUCCACCCGGACCCGACGAGCCCCCGAAACGAAAUCCUCGAUCAAGAAGAAUGGGUUGAAGCCGAGGACAGUCUGGCCCACCGAUAUAGUCUCAUGGAGAAAUGGGCUACAGCAGACCAGAGGUUCCGAGACAUUUCAAACUACAUUAAUCCCAACCCUAGCACGCCUCCCUUCGGCGUCGAACAUACCCUCCCCGCCCUGUUUCUCCGCACAGCGGACUUUCGUGCCAUGGCUAUGACCCAAGUCGGCACGGUCGUGUUUUCGAAAGAGUAUGAUGGUAUCUGGUAUGUUUUGGAUGCGCAAAGUCUGCAGACGGGGCUCAUGAAUGUGGCGCGGUUCGAAUCGAAUGGGUCGAUCAGGUGCGCAACGCACCGGAGGCCGUUUAAUCUUACGCAGAUUACGAUUUUUUCGAUUGGGAAUGGGUGGCCGCUGGAGGAGAUUAUCGAGACGGGUAUUGGUGGGUGGGGGUUCUGGAACCAGCCCAUGGACAUGGAUCUUCCCAUCCUGGAUAUCCUCCAGGGGGUCAAGGAUAGCGGCAAGUUCCAGUAUGCUGGGUGGGGGGAUAAAGAACUCUUGGCGAGGGAGAUUGAACGAGCGGCGCCUGGGUAUCUGGAGUUGGAGGCUGAGGGGAGGGCAGGCGAGUUUGAGCUCGAGAGACUUGCGGAGAUUUAUACCUAG